GUCAGUCAGUCAGUCAGACAGUGGCCACGGACCGAGACUUUCUUCGCAGCGCACCAACGAGCCGCGCCGCGCACCGUUCCACACGCGUGACAAUUUUCCCCACACCAAAGCGCGAAACAGGAGCUGUGUGGAAUUCAGCAUACGACUAGAAUAAGGAAACCCCGCCGUUCUGACGUGGAGCGAGGGGGUAGGCAGCAGGGUGCAAGAUACUAUCUGUCAGCGGCCACGGGUGGUGGGGGUCGUCUGGCGGGACCCCCGCGGACCCCAAAAGCGAGCUGGGCGAACACCAGCAGCACCGCUUCUCGUGGCGGGCGCCGUCUCCCGCGGGGGCGGCCCGCCCCCUCUCGCCCCCCGCACCAGCCGAUAUGGUGGUGCAGAAGGUUGGCCGGCAGUCCAGCCUCACCAGGCUCGGCUCAAUUCUGAACACAGCCGUCCAUCCCAAGAGACAACAGCCCAGCAACGGCGAAGUGCAGUGGUGUUUCUCGCAGGUCAAGGGGACCCUGGACGAUGAUGUGACUGAAGCCGACAUCAUAUCAUGCGUCGAAUUCAACAGCACCGGCGACCUUCUCGCCACGGGCGACAAGGGAGGUCGCGUCGUUAUUUUCCAGCGCGAUCCUCAGGAACCGUCUGUUUUGCAGUCGAAGAGCUCGAUUCCUCGACGGGGCGAGUACAACGUGUACUCAACCUUCCAGAGCCACGAACCUGAGUUCGACUACCUCAAGAGUUUGGAGAUUGAGGAGAAAAUCAAUAAGAUCCGGUGGCUAAACCGGCAAAACCCUGCGCAUUUUUUGCUUUCGACCAACGACAAGACCAUUAAAUUAUGGAAGGUGUCGGAGCGGGACAAAAGGGUCGAGGGCUACAAUACGCGCGAGGACUCCGGCCAGAUGAGGGAUCCCUCCUCCAUCACUUCGCUCAGAGUACCUGUCAUAAAGCCGAUGGAGCUGAUGGUGGAGGCGUCGCCGCGCCGCAUUUUCGCCAACGCGCAUACGUACCACAUAAACUCGAUAAGCGUAAACUCGGACCAGGCAACCUACCUGUCGGCGGAUGACCUGCGCAUCAAUCUGUGGAACUUGGAGAUCACCGACCAGAGCUUCAAUAUCGUCGACAUCAAACCCACCAACAUGGAGGAGCUGACUGAGGUGAUCACCGCCGCUGAGUUCCAUCCAAUCGACUGCAAUGUCUUCGUCUACUCGAGCAGCAAGGGCACGAUCCGCUUGUGCGACAUGCGUGAGGCCGCUCUCUGUGAUAAGCACGCCAAAAUGUUUGAGGAGCCAGAAGAUCCGACUAACAGGAGUUUCUUCUCUGAAAUAAUUUCGAGUAUCUCGGAUGUGAAACUGUCAAACUCUGGCAGGUAUAUGGUCUCCAGAGACUAUUUGUCCGUCAAGGUGUGGGACCUGCGAAUGGAGACCAAACCCACCGAGUCUUAUGCUGUGCACGAGUACUUGCGGGCAAAGCUGUGCUCGUUGUACGAGAGCGACUGCAUAUUCGACAAGUUCGAGUGCUGCUGGAAUGGCAACGACACAGCCAUCAUGACCGGCUCAUACAACAACUUUUUCCGUAUGUUUGACCGCACCACGAAACGCGACCUUACCCUCGAAGCAUCUCGAGAAGUUGCCAAGCCGCGCACGGUGCUCAAACCCAGAAAGGUGGGCAUGGGUGGCAAGCGGAAGAAGGAUGAAAUCAGCGUCGACUGCCUGGACUUUGGCAAGAAGAUUCUGCACACGGCGUGGCAUCCAUCAGAAAACAUAAUCGCCGUAGCCGCCACUAACAACCUCUUCAUCUUCCAGGACAAGUUCUAACGCCUUUCCUUGAGGAAGACUGGGGGGCUCGGGAGGCCUCUGAUUUUGUUGCUGCCAUUUGUUUUGUCGGAUAAUCUCGCGGUCGGUGCCAUCCGAAGUGGAGAGAAGAGAAAGAGAGAGAGAAAAUGGAGAGAAGGCUUUGCUGCUUUGCACAAACUUCAGGGUGGAUCCAGAGAGGGUGUUUUGUGCCUGUGUGUGUGCCGGGGGGAGUUGAUUCAAAAAGUAAAAAAGACUUGCAACUCGCUCUCACUCACUUGUUGCGUAUAAAUUAUUUUUGUUUAUCGAGUUAUUGGUUAAGAUUAACAAGUAAUGCAAAUGCGUGGGCACGGCUCCAGCCAAAAAACGAGACGCUUGAGUGCCGCCGGAGAAACAAUAUGCAAAUUUCGGGAGCCAAGCCCAUUGAUGACUCAAAACUGGAAUAACUACAAGAUGAAACUAGCUAUGGUUUUGCAGAAUAAUAAAAGGAGAUUCCACAGCAAUCUACACGCAUCACAGCAAAACAAAA